UGCCUCUGGAUAUGGGUCAGCUGAGGUCCAUUAUAAAAGGAACCCCAGCUCCUUGCUCUCUCAUCCACUAUUCUUCCCUUCUUCUCCUUGGGAACCAGGAGCUUUGCCAGACACAAGACAUGUCCUGCUGUAACCCGUGUGUGCCAUGCCAGCCGUGCGGCCCCACCCCUCUGGCCAGCAGCUGCAAUGAGCCCUGUGUCAGGCAGUGCCAGAACUCCACCAUCGUCAUUGAGCCCUCUCCCGUGGUGGUGACCCUGCCCGGACCCAUCCUCAGCUCCUUCCCACAGAACACCGCCGUGGGAUCCUCCACCUCCGCUGCUGUUGGCAGCAUCCUCAGCUGUCAGGGAGUGCCCAUCACCUCGGGGGGCCUUGACCUCUCCUGCAUUGCCAACCGCUACUGUGGCAGAAGGUGUCCCCCCUGCUAA